AUGAGUUCCACAGAAGACCUUGACUAUCCUCAAAUCAUCUUGCAAUACAACAGUGGAUUUUUAGUCUCAAAGGUUAUGUUCACUGCCUGUGAGUUGGGGGUGUUUGAUCUGCUGGAGUCAGGAGAGCCUCUGUCUUCAGAUGCCAUUGCGGCACACUUGGGUACUAGCACCACGGGGAUGGAAAGACUGCUGGAUGCCUGUGUGGGACUGAAGCUCUUGGCGGUAGAGCUAACACAAGAAGGAGCCCUCUACAGAAACACAGAGAUUUCCAACAUAUACCUUACAAAAUCAAGUCCCAAGUCUCAGUAUCAUAUUAUGAUGUAUUACUCCAACACAGUCUACUUGUGCUGGCACUACCUGGCCGAUGCUGUGAGAGAAGGAAGAAACCAAUAUGAAAGAGCUUUUGGCAUUUCAUCUAAAGACCCUUUUGGAGCAAUGUACAGAUCAGAAGAAGAAAUGCUGAAAUUCAUGGCUGGCCAGAACUCAAUAUGGGGCAUAUGUGGCAGACAUGUUCUUGCUGCAUUUGACCUUUCCCCUUUCAGGCAGAUCUGUGACCUGGGAGGAGGUGGAGGAGCUUUGGCCCGGGAGUGUGUUUCUUUGUACCCAAAUUCCACGGUCACAAUUUAUGACCUGCCAAAAGUUGUGCAAGUGGCCAAAGAGCAAUUUAUUCCCCCUGAGGAGCAUCAGAUCACUUUCCAUGAAGGAGACUUCUUUAGUGAUUCAAUUCCCGAAGCUGAACUGUAUAUUUUAUCCAAGAUACUGCAUGAUUGGGAUGAUGACAAAUGCAGGCAGCUGCUGGCAAAAGUCCACAAGGCUUGCAAACCUGGCGGUGGAGUGCUGCUGGUUGAAUCGCUUCUGAAUGAAGAUAGAAGUGGGCCUCUAGAAACCCAACUGUAUUCAAUGAAUAUGUUGGUGCAGACAGAAGGAAAAGAGCGAACAGCAGCAGCGUACAGCAAGCUCCUUGAGGCAGCUGGCUUUGGAGAGGUUCAAGUCAAGAGGACUGGAAAACUCUAUGAUGCUGUUUUAGGAAGGAAAUAA